CUUCUUCUUCUUCUUCAUCAUCUCCCUCCUUCUCACUCUUCCCUCAUUACUCCUCAUCAUAUUAUUAUAUCAACACAAUGAUCCCUCCACCAUCACCAUAUUCCUUUCAUGAUGCCUUUUGGACCAGCAGUACUCAGUUUGAUUGUCUUCCCAAGUUUAGUCAUGGCUUGUCAGUCCUUCAUACUAAACUUGCUCAGUCCAUGGAAGAAAACAAGGUUAUUAUUGAUUACCUACAACGUCGUAUCCUUUCUGAAAAACAGUUUGCUCAACAACUACAAGCCAGUAUGGAUGACAACAAGAUGCAGGAUAUAUUUGAUUGUGACAUGGGUGGUUCUCUGAAACAGUGUUUCCAGGUCGUGCAGACAGAAAGUAAAUUAUCUGCGGAAGCACAUCUCUCACGUGCAACCAACUUGACAACAACAGCUUUAGAUCCAGUAGAAAGAAUGGCAGCAAAGUAUACCAAAAUCAUCACCUCUAGCAAGACGGCCAUGACGACGUGUAUUAGUCAAUUUGAUGCUCAGGCACGUAUCACCAACCAAUCCCAUCAAGAUUAUAUCGAUAAAUGCAAGAAAAUCCUCGCCUAUUCUCCUUAUUAUCAUCCAAAUCAAGAUUCUCCAGUGAUACUUGCCAACAAAACCUGGACUCGAAACGACCUGAAUUUGUUACUUGACCGACUUGAACAAACAUAUCAUCCUUUACUUGGUCAGAACAUACUGGAUGAAAUGACGCCUUAUUAUCAUAGUAGCAACAAUGACAACAACAACAACAACAAUAAUAAUAAUAUGGAUAAUAAUUCAUCAGUUCAAAAUGCAGUUAUGGCUUGUCAACAAUUAUUUACACAAGGAUGGAUCACGGCAUCUUCCACCAAAAUAACAGGCGAUCACGCUCUACAACAUGGUGAAAACGAUACAUCUCAUUCAUUGAAGCAGUUUUCUACAUCAGCCGAUAUUGAAUACACUGUUCAGCGUCAAUAUCAAGUUAAUACCAAUGAUACUUUAUCCACUGAAAAUAGUUCGACUAAUGGUUCAGCACCAACGACGACAUCAUCAACAUCAACAACAUCAACAUCGGCAUCUGCCUCGUCUUUAGGUUUCUGGAGUCGACGUCGAUGGGCCAGCUCUACUACGAUAACAACAAAACAGAUCGAUACCCAUCAACAGUUAUAUCAUGAUAUGCAACAAGCUGACGAGUUGUAUAAGAAAUCUGUUCAAGCGUUGGAUACCUUACGUAUGGAAGUUGAAGAAAAUUUGUUCAUGCAUUUUGAAGAAAUGGAAAGUCUCGAAUUGGAAAGAAUACAGACACUGAAACAAGCUUUCAUCUCCAUGGCAGCUGCCUUUUCCAAUACAAUACCAAUCUAUAAGGAAAUAUACGAUCGAAUGAUGUUAUAUCAAGAAACUCUACGACCGGAAAAGGAUGUACAAUCUAUUGUUGAACAAUACCGAACAGGUAGAUUUUGUCCUCGUCCUAUACUCUACGAAAAUUACUUUUCUGGUACUGCUUCUGAUCAGAUGUUUGGUGUCCCAUUAGAAGAUAUUGUCAAGAAAGAACAAGCACAAAUACCAAUGUUAAUCCACAAUGGAUUGGAAGUAAUUGAAGCAGAAUUACCUCAACUAUGUGAUGAAGAACGUCAAAAGAUAUGGACUACACCAUUACCAUUGGAUUUAAUUCAUAAAGCUCGCAACGAAUUGAAUACAUUAAACUCCAUCGAUCAAACAACAUUGAAAAGUUAUAAUCUCCUUUUACUUUCCUCUGUCCUCCGAUUAUAUUUGUUAGAACUUCCUGAUUGUCUUGUUACUUCUGAAUUGUAUGAUACCCUCAAGGUGUUAUAUGCCAGUCAAAUGCAACAAGACACCGAUAGCCAUCUACGGUCCAUUGGAAAACUCAUGACCACAUUACCUUCUGCCAAUUACGAAACACUGAAAGCCCUUUUAUUCCAUUUCCAAAGGGUGAUGACAAUGACGAACGACAAGACACUUUUGCAAACACUAAUAUCUCGGUUCACUCAUAUUAUUAUACGGCCAGAUGUUAUUACCACUUCAAAUAGACAUGAUAGGCAUCCUCAUAGAUUUGUUCGUGAUUUGAUGGAACAUAUGGACAUUAUAUUUUCCAAAGAAAUGCAUCAAGCCCAAACUGAUCAUCAUCUACGACAACAACAACAACGAAUAAUUGGAUCAGCAAUGACAACUUAUUCUCAUCGAUCAUCUCUAGAAAUCAAAACCAAAUUACCAUCACUGGAUACAUCAUCCAUGACUUCUACGUUGUCAGCCUCCUAUCCACAUUCAGAAGAAAUCUUCACCACAGAAUCUCAGCACUCAAAGGAUAUAGAUAGUCAUCAUGAUUUGACCCCAUCAUUAUUAACAGAUAUAUCGCCACCGGUUCCAAGACGCUCACUCAUGUCGUUUAUGCGAAGAUCAAGUAAUGUAGAGAAUGGGACUGGGCAACGCCAUACUACUGAUGGUGGAACAAACAACGUAUCAAGACGCCCAAUACCCAUGCCAUCUUCCAGCACACUAUUUGAAGAUCCCGAAGAAAUCGAUCUGACUCCAUGCCAUCCUGUAGUUAGUCCCACAUCUAUACCCAACGGAACUACCCCAUCCACACGUAUAUCUCCUUCUAUAUCCCUUGAUGAUGAUGAUGAUGACGAUGAUGAUGACAUUAGUUUAGAUUCAUUUUUAUAGUCCCUUCUAUUACAUAUUUUUUUUUUUUAAUCUCUCAUGUUCAAAUGAAUAAAAAAAUUUUU